CUCCCCAUGGCCGGGACGUACAGCUCCACCUUGAAGACGCUGGAGGACUUGACCUUGGACUCCGGGUAUGGGGCCGGGGACUCGUGCCGCUCGCUCAGCCUCUCGUCCUCCAAGUCCAACUCGCAGGCGAUCAACUCUUCGGCGCAGCAGCACCGCGGGGCGGCCUGGUGGUGCUACUCCGGCUCCAUAAACAGCCGCCACAACAGCUGGGACACAGUGAACACGGUGCUGCCCGAGGACCCCGAAGUGGCCGACCUCUUCUCGCGCUGCCCGCGCCUCCCCGAGCUGGAGGAGUUCCCCUGGACCGAGGGAGACGUGGCCCGGGUGCUUCGCAAAGGUGCUGGCGGCCGGCGGCAGCCCCUGUUCUCCGCCGAGGCGGUUAGGCGCCUGGCGGGGCUGCUCCGCCGGGCGCUCAUCCGUGUGGCCCGCGAGGCGCAGCGCCUGAGCGUGCUGCACGCCAAGUGCACCCGCUUCGAGGUGCAGAGCGCCGUGCGCCUGGUGCACAGCUGGGCACUGGCCGAGAGCUGCUCGCUGGCCGCCGUCAAGGCGCUGUCCCUGUACAGCAUGAGCGCGGGCGACGGGCUGCGCCGGGGCAAGUCAGCGCGCUGUGGCCUCACCUUCUCGGUUGGCCGCUUCUUCCGCUGGAUGGUGGACACUCGCAUCUCCGUGCGCAUCCACGAGUACGCGGCCAUCUCGCUCACCGCCUGCAUGGAGAAUCUGGUGGAGGAGAUCCGGGCCAGGGUGCUGGCCAGCCAGAGCCCCGACGGCGGAGGGGCCGGAGGCGGGGAGGUGUCCGCUGAGGCCCUGGAGAUGGUCAUCAACAAUGACGCCGAGCUCUGGGGCGUCCUGCAGCCCUACGAGCAUCUCAUCUGCGGCAAGAACGCCAAUGCUUUGGCAGUAGGCUUGGAGCAGCUUGCCGAAUUGGGAGGAGAAGCUUCAGAAACACAGCCCGAGUAAGCCUGAGGAAUGCCACGCCGGCCUCGUUAAUCGACUACUUGUGGAGCGCCAGCUACAUCCAAGGCCAUGGAGGAGGACGGGAAUUGAUCUUGCCUGUCAAGGAGUUUAGAAUCUAGUAGGGAAAGCAAAGCAUGUCCAUGGAUUCUUCCAAGGAAGUUUGGGGUCCCUGCAUUCAAAUGAGAGGGAUGAUGCCGAGGCCUCAUCUUUCCCACUCUGCCCAUUUAGGGGUGCUUUUCAUGAGCUAUUUCAUUGAAUCCUCCCAAGGCCCUCUGUAAGGUAGAUAUACUCUCCACCCCUUAGAUGGGGACCUUGAUGUUCUGGUGACUGGAGAGCUCAAAGGGGAGAGGUGAGCCCUGGCUGGGUGUGAGGGAGGGAGCUGGGGCUGCUUUGUGGAGGGUGUGGCAUGUGAGCCAGGGGCACUUGGGCAGGUGGAGCUGGGACGGGGGAGGGAAGGUGGUGCAGAGAGCACGCAGGCUUGCAGACAGAGGGAGUGGUGUGAGCAAAGACAUGGAAGCCAGCGUGUGUGUGUUGGAAAAUGGCAAGUGACCCUGUUUGGCUGGAGAGGUUCCGAUGCAUGAUGAGGAGGAGCAGGGCAGAUAACACAGUAAAGAGGAAAACUUUCCCACAUCUUUUAUCCAGAUGUUAAGAAGCCUGCCAGAGUGCAGGAAGAGAGUUUUCCAAAACUCAUUUUUAUAAUUCAGAAAUGGAGUGUGUCUGCUCCCCAGCGCAUCUUAACCACAGCCCCAGACCUCCCAUUUACCCCUCUUGUUGAUUGAAAGGUUGACCUCAAAAAUGCCCCUGGCCUCUGUCCUAGCAGUACAAGUAAUGAAAGAAGACUUUACCCGAGCAAACCUGGGCUGAGAGGGCCUGAAGAGCAAGACCGCCAUCACCCUUGCUUCUCCCAUGCAGUUUGGCUUCUGACUUGGUGUUUCUUGCAGGGCUCCGAACAUAGCAUUUCAGGCCAAAGCAAUCCCCGUAUGGAAUGAAGGUCGGGGCUGGCACACCCGUUAAAUGAGGCUGUUGGACUGACUCUUGCCAAGGCAGGGUUCUCAAACACAGAGGCAGAGAGGGACAGAAGACAGGAUAAGAGGGUCCCAGAACUUUGGUUAUGAGUCUGGCUUGAUAUCUUCAAUUUCCAGUUUAGAGUUCAUCAUUUUGGAAAAUAACAGCUCAGUUCUCAAAGAGGUUUAGUCACCUUCUAAUUCUUGCUAAAGUGGUCUCCAGGGCAUUGAUAAUAAAGAUUUCAGUCAUCAUGUUAAAUGUUUGAUAUUGUGGAACCACCUUAUAGCUCAGUGCCAUCUGGAAUGGACUCCCUAGGGUCCAGCUGAAUUCCGCUGACAGUAAUAAAAUGUGAUAGGUCAUCAAUGGCUUAGCCGAUAACUCAGGUAUUAGACCUUUUCCUGACCCCAGUGUUAUAAAGGAAUUUGUCGCUUGGAAAAGAGAAAUCUCAUGAACAUUUUACAAAAGUACAUAUAUAGUUAUUUAUGGUUAAUGGUUUGGGACCCAUCAUUCGCUUUCUAAAAGUGAGCUGGGUAGGGGUUUCGGAGGGGGGUGGUCAGGCCCAUGAUGGAAAAAUCACACAGGAAAGCUGAACUUGGAAGUACCAGAGAUAAAAGUUUAGGGGUGGGGAGAGAUUAAAGUGGACCACAAAGGGGGUGAAACAGGUCUUUCAGUGCAUGAAAAUCAUCCCUAAAAUUGAGGCCAAAUUUUUUGUUGAAAAUUUUAAAACUUUUUUUUUUUUUAGUCUGUACCUUUUAAGAUAUGAAAAGCAAUAUUUGCUGUGAGGAGAGCUGUUCAGAAACACAAGCCAAGGUUCACGGACCAAGCAAGUAUAUGUGCACAAGUGUCUGGGACAGUCCAGUUCAGAGACUGAAGGAUGUAGAUCCAGAAGAUUCUGGGUUGGAGCUUGGCCUCUCCAUGACCUGGAGUGAAUCACUCCAUCUUCUUGGCUCUUUGUUACUUUAUCUGUGGUGUGAAGAGGUUGGACUAGAUUCUCCAACAGCCCUUCUGUCUCCGCUAAUGUUUCCAGACCCCACAUGGACACUGUGAAAUCACUCUCCUAAGGUCGAGCCCUGUAAUUAUUAUCCUUGGGAAAGAAGCAGCCCAGGAUGGAGCUGGCCGCGCUCUUGGAAGAUGGUCCAGGUAGUGGGACUAAAUGCCAUCCUUUUUAUUAUUGGGAUUAACUAUGAUUAUUCUACUUAGAGUUUUUUCUUCCCCCACUUGCCUCAGAAAGAUGAGUUCUGUCUACUCUUGGCCAACCCACCCCUCCAGCACUCAGCAGCCGUGUCCAGGUCCUGGCAGGCCUGCUUGGUGGUGAGAUUGGCCCCGAUGUGACUUCAUGCAGCCGGUGUUUGCAGCCCGCCUAUCUGACCUCGGAUAUUUAUAGCAGGGAGCAGCUAGAAAAAAAAAAAGAAUUAAAUAUGCUACACCCUUCUUUAUACUAUGUGGGACAGACAGACGUUGUGAGGAAUUUAGAAGGCAGGGCAGUAUAAUCCAGCAAGAUAUUUUUAAAUGCUCUUUGUUGCAGUUGGCAGGGCCGAUUCUUCAAAGGCAGGGAAAGUGAGAGUAAGUGAAAAUGACAGGCUGCCAGGAAUUCCAAGGCUGAGAUGGGGAGCUGAGCACCCCAAGGGGUACGGGUUCUGAACCCCGAUUUACUUCAGUCACAGAGUCUGAGCAGGGCUUGGGGCGGUCCCCACCAGAGCUGGGUGAGUGGGGCAGCUUGUUCCUCUUCCCCACCAGCCCAUCCACGCUACAAAUCCCCAAGUUGAAGAUUAUAAAAUGUUCAGGAGAAGGCAGAACACGUGGCCAAAAAAGAGUGGCUUCUGUGAAAACCAGAGGCCUGGUACUGCUUCUUUAACUCAUCUCAGCAGCUGGGUAAAUCACGUUGUAUGUGGGGACACCAUUUGGAAGCCAGUUGCUUGCAGCUGUUCUUCUGGAUGUAAUCUUUCCAGGAGGAGUGGGGCAGGCCAGGACUAUGCUGAGACCCAAUUCAGUAGCAGGAGAGAGGGCCUCUGGGGUAGAGCUGCCUCUGCAAAGGCAUUACAGGGACCCCCACCUGUCCAGCGGAUGCUUGUAAAGUAUCCUGGGUUUUCUACCAUGCUGGUCUUGGAGGAGCCAGACGGUGGUUACAGUGGGAGGGUCUGGGAUUAGGAUCCAGGGAGAGGCUAAACGUUUUGGCUACCUCUACUUUUUUAUUCAGCAUCUAUUUAUUGAGGACUUACUGUGCAUGGUGAUAGAACAGAUGAAUAUGAGAGACACAAAGCGGGGGAGGGUGUAGGCCCAGUGGGUCAUGAGGAAGGGUAAGACCUGCUGGAGGAGUCACAGUGAGGCCAGCCAGGCUGGAGGAGACAGCUCUAGACAGAGGGAGCAAGUGCACACUGGGUCCAAGGAGGCUGGCGGGGCAAG